UUAAGAUAUAAUAUCAUUUGCAGAGAGAGAUUUGCACUAUAUCUCCAAUUUUCUCUCAAAAUUUUCUUGCAGAGCUAUGCUUAGUAAAAGAACUCAUCCCAUGAUAGGAAGAUUAUCGGAACUAUUGGUUCCCAGCAACCGUGCCGGAUUCUUGGACGUUUCCACUAGUCCAAGAACUCCACUGGAUUACAGAAUUCAAUCCCCUAGAGGUCUAAAGAAUUAUGAUCUUGGUGGGGUUGGAUUGGGCAUCGUCGCUGCUCUUGAGAAGUCUAGCAGUGACGCAGGCGGCCGCGAAGUUUUGGCAAAAUAUGGAAUUUGCAGCCCAAAUAUGAGUCGGUCGGAUCCUAUUCCUCUUAAUUCUGGUAAGAGAUGCGACUGUCGUUUUAAGCAAACGGAGAUGGAAAGCUUGGAAGAUUAUACUUACGUCACAAGUUAUGGACCUGAUAAAUCAUUGACGAAGGUGUAUUAUGAUGACGGACAAAAAGGGCACGACAGAAUUGGGGUCUUUUCCACGGCGAAAGAACCGCCGGCGAGAUUUGUCGAUGAGGCUGCCUUGUACGGAAGCUCAGAUUUUCUCAGUUCAUGUCACUUGUGCAGGAAAGGACUCCAUGGGAAAGACAUUUACAUGUACAGGGGAGAGAAAGCAUUCUGCAGCAACGAGUGUCGAUCGAGACAAAUCAUGAUAGACGAGCGUAAAGAACAGUGCAGAUCAGAGGUUGCAAGAUCUGCAGAUGUUUCAAGCUCAAGAAGCCCUAUCUUCUCAACUGGAAUUCUUGCAAUUUAGACUUGAUACAUAAAACAUAUGUUCAUCAUCCACUGCUUAUAACUCCAACAAAAUUAUAUGAUUUUGAAAAGGAUUUUUCUUUUUUUUUUAACAGAAAUUCUGGAAGAGUUUAUGCUGUAACCAAAAUUAUGAAGCUGAAGCUGCAAAUUAGAUAUAACUUUUUUUUUCCU